AAGAGCGUGAUUCGACAAUCAACAAGAAAAGCCACCAUGCGACCACCUCGUCCUUCCUCUUCUUCUUCAAGUUAUUCACUCGCUGCAACAAGUUUGAACAGCAGACUCCUGACGAUAUUCAAGAAAGCUCAGGAGCUUACAACUCUCUGUGAUAUCGGAGCCUGCGUUAUUCAUUACGGACCUGACGGAGAACUGAAGACAUGGCCUGAGAACAGAGACAUAGUGAGAGACUUGGCUCUCCGCUACAUCCAGUUAGACCAAGCCAAGAGACGCAAGAAAAGCGUCAAUCUUCACGAGUUCCUCAACAAGAAUAAGGAUAAGAAGACGAUGCUUAAUAAGUUCAAGAAGAGGAAUGUUGAAGAACUAAAGUAUCCAAUCUCUGAUCACUACUCUCCCGACCAAAUCUCCCAACUGAUUCAGUCCUUGGAACUAAGUUACUCGAAAUUGCAAGAAAGACGUCGUUUUCUUGCGGAAAAAGCAAAUAUGGAGGAUCGUCAACCAUCUUUAAACCCUAGCCACUUCACCAAGUACCCAGAAGAAUCUUGUGUUUAUGAUCAGAACAACUUUCAACAUCUUUGCGUUUCGGAUUACUCAGCGCUACAAGAACCUGGGUUACAUAAUUAUCAGCUGAUGCCAUAUGUUGGUUAUUAUCAGAACAUGUGUAUGGGUAACAACUUUCAAGUUCCUUGCGUUUCAGAUUACUCUUUGUUCCCACCAGAGUUACAAGAAACUGUGAGUAACUACGGGAUGAAUCAGCUGAUGCAGAACAUGUGUAUGGGUGAUACUACCAACAGCUGCAACGUUCUACAUCCUUGUCUCUCAGAUGACUUGUGUUUUGAUUUUCAGGACCCUUAUGGUGGUAACCCUAGCUUCUCUCAAGAUUUUCCAGACAUUUCUUCAAGCUAUGUUUAUGAGAAUACGCUACUUCAGGGAUGUACUCAACCAUCUCUCUAG